GAAGGAGGAAGAGAGGGAGGAGGAGGACGAGGAGAAGGAGGAGGAAGGAAAAGAGGCAGGGGAGGGAGAAAGCAAAGGAAAAAGGAGGGAGGAGGGGGCAGUGAUGAAGGGAGUGAAAGAGAGGAGUGCCGUGAAGCAAGCAUGAGGUUUUCACUUUCCAUUCUCCCCUCAGCAGCAGUCAGAUGAGUCCUCGCAGAGAUACAAGAGAAGUGCCUUCUUUUGCUGACCCCUGGCUCCGCUGAAGCCACCUCUGUGCCUGGCCAUGUCUGCUGGAGUUGCCAGCCACACCAGGAACCCCGGGAUUGCCGAGCCCUUCCACUGAGCCAGUUUCCACACCAGUGACACCUCCCUCCUUCCCUUCAUGUCCUGCUGCCCGCCAGACCUCUCUCCAUCCAUGUCAGUCAGCCUACUUGUGAGGAAGUCAACCACUCCCACCUCCUUUGCAGACAGAACCUGAUAGCCAAGACAGCUUUUAUCAGCUACUGUGAGCAGAAGAAGAUAGUCCCUCUACUGCAACCCACUCCACCUCAGUCUUUCGUUUCCUCUCUCUCCUCCUUCCCUCUUUCCUCCAGCCCUGCAUCUUUUCAUCAUGGGCCAACUCAAUCGAUAAUGCGUUUUGCCAUUCAUCUCGUCUGACAGCUCAGCCGUGGAGCGAGGCCCGAGAACUGGUGUGCACGAAAGAGAGAGACAGAUUGCAAAGCAAAGCCUGUGGCCGUCACCAGCCCAGGUCCUGGGUGACAGGCGGUGAAGGAUUCCUUUUACAGCCGUGAACAAAAUCGCGAUCGGCUGCAGGUGGUAGGCAAGUCUCCGGCCUCACAGGCUUCACCUUAGAACCAGACCCCAAGGAAAAAAACUCCCAAAACUGGACCCCCCCCCCCCCCAUGUCAUUUACUUAUUCAGACUUCUCUUUUGUCCCAGUAUCAUUAGAAACAUACAGACUUGCACGUAACUGCAUUCGCUGGAUAUCUGUUCCUCUUUAUCGACCCCUUCUGUCUGGUUCAAAAUGGCGGUGAACGUGACGCCAAUCCGAGACACGAAGUGGCUGACUUUAGAGGUCUGUCGGGAAUUUCAGAGAGGAACGUGUUCACGACCGGACAGCGAGUGCAAGUUCGCUCACCCUGCCAAGAGCUGUCAAGUGGAAAACGGCAGAGUCAUUGCCUGUUUUGACUCACUCAAGGGCCGCUGUUCCAGGGAGAACUGUAAGUACCUCCAUCCUCCUCCUCACCUAAAGACCCAGCUGGAGAUCAAUGGAAGGAACAACCUCAUCCAGCAGAAAAACAUGGUGAUGCUGGCCCAGCAGAUGCAGCUCGCGAAUGCAAUGAUGCCCGGUACACAGCUACAGCCAGUGCCCAUGUUUUCAGUCACACCCAGCCUUGCAACCAACGCCAAUGCUGCGGCGUUUAACCCCUACCUUGGCCCUGUGUCGCCCGGCCUGAUACCUGCUGACAUCUUGCCCAGCGCUCCUGUACUGGUCACCAGCAACCACAGCGUCCCUGUUGCUGCUGCCGCUGCCGCACAGAAGCUCAUGAGAACAGACAGACUGGAGGUGUGUCGUGAAUACCAGCGGGGUAACUGUACACGUGGGGAGAAUGACUGCCGCUUUGCCCACCCGUCAGACAGCACGAUGAUCGACACCAACGACAACACAGUCACUGUGUGCAUGGACUACAUAAAGGGCCGCUGCACGAGGGAGAAGUGCAAGUACUUCCACCCUCCAGCUCACCUGCAGGCCAAGAUUAAAGCUGCCCAACACCAAGUCAACCAGGCUGCGGCUGCUGCAGCCAUGGUACGUAUCUGUCCACAGAUUACACAAUGAGGCAGGACUCAAACAAAGGGACAUUCUAAAGUAUCAUAGCAUCCUCAGACCUAUGCAGCUACAGGAAUUAAUGCCAGUCAAAAACUAUAGGCUCUAUAUAAACAUGGACGAGACAUCUCUACCACCUCCCACAAUCCAGAAAUGAAGCCAAACUAUCCUGUAUGAGAACCCUGCCAUCUUGAGCAUAUGGAGCUAGAGCCUGAUAGUAGCUAUCAGGGCAGGCAGCCGAGUCAGUCCCAGCCAUUAAACAUGACAUUUCACCUCUUUUUUAUUGCAUCAAAAAUGUAUGAAAACCAACUCGAUCAAGCAUCAUUGUGAUAAGAGUUACCUGAAAUUUAUUUGACAUUAAUUUUGACUUUUUAGUGUGGUGUACGUCCUCUCUGCAGGAGACAGGACUUAUGACCUAUACUGCAGU